UCAGGCAUGGCUCUUGUGAAUACAUGCAUCGUGCUUCCACUCUUGUUCCUGGCUACAGAGGCGGUGGAGAAGCGACAGUCAGGUGGAAAAACUGAGGCGGAAAUUCACGCUGAUUUAUUAAAGGAAGCCUGUCAUAACAAGCCAUUGGAUCUUGUCUUCAUCAUCGACAGUUCCCGAAGUGUACGCCCGUACGAUUUUGAAAAGGUGAAAGAAUUUCUAAUCACUAUGCUGACGUUCCUGGACAUUGGCCCAGAUGCUACCAGGGUGGGUCUGAUACAAUAUGGCAGCACAGUAAAAAAUGAGUUUUCCCUGAAGACUUACAAAAAGAAAUCUGAUAUUGAACGAGCAGUGAAGAGGAUGAUGCACCUUGCCACUGGAACCAUGACGGGACUGGCCAUUCAGUAUGCCAUGAACAUUGCCUUUUCUGAAACUGAGGGGGCCCGCCCAUCAUAUAAAUUUGUUCCAAGGAUUAUCAUGAUAGUAACUGAUGGCAGACCACAGGACCCUGUAGCUGAAAUUUCAGCAAAGGCAAGGAACUCUGGGAUCUUAAUAUUUGCUGUUGGGGUGGGUCGGGUAGAUAUGGACACUUUGAAAUCCAUUGGAAGUGAGCCACACGAGGAACAUGUCUUCUUAGUAGCCAAUUUUAGUCAGAUUGAAACGCUGACGUCUGUCUUCCAGAAUAAGCUUUGUGCCCCUCAUUUGUGUUCCACGUCUGAACAUGGCUGUGAUCACUUUUGUAUCAAUACUCCAUUCUCAUACCUGUGUAGAUGCAAGCAAGGAUACAUCCUG